CAAACACAAGUGUGUGUGGGAGGAGAAAUGGAGAGAAACAGCCCACGCCCUCUAUAGCCAAUGGUCGCUAUGGUAACGUCAGUGUCAUUGACGGAGCCGCAGACAAGAGACAAAACAGCUAAGUGCGACGAACAUCGGAUGCCGCGAACACUCGCUCACCAUAAGUGUCAUAUUUGAGGAUUAUUACACGAACGCUGAAAUCUCCGCUCUUAAGGAUAUUCUUUAUGUUCUCUUCAUGUGUCUGCAAUCCAAAUAAUUGUUAAAGACGCACCCGGAGAUGGAUAUUAUUGAUGAGAAAUGCGAUUAUGUCGGUGCAAUGUUGGAUAUCCUGAUGCAUAAUGAUUUCGAUGUUGAUGUUUGUCAUGAUCAUAGGAGACCGUGAGCAUGCGUUUUUUGGAUGGGCAUCACAUAAGAUAGACUUCAAAUAGAAACCACAUCGCCCGAAAGGCCAAUAUAAUGGAUUGCAAAUGAUUUGAGGCUGAAUUUUCUUUUUUCCCCUUGAACGGAUUACUGAUCCAAACCUUAUAUGAUGCAUUAUACCACACGAUGGUAAACGUCUCUUUGGAUUAAAGGACAUGUAAGCAUUUACAGAGCUUAUUUUUAUUGAAAACAUCCUGACACUUUGUUAAUAUCACAUUAAUAUAAAUUUUUGGACACCAAAGAAGCAAACUAUAUAUAUAUAUACAUAUUUAUAUAUAUAUAUACAAAUAUAUAUAUAUAUAUAUAUAUAUAUAUAUAUAUAUAUACAAACACAUAGUUUAUAGGUAUAUUUUAUAAAAAAUGGGCACCAUUUGUAUGUUUUCCUUUGAAUGAGGAGAUUAGCCAGUGGAAUGUUAAUAGCCACCAAAAAUACAAUAAGGAAAAGAGAAAACAAUGUUGUGUACAGGGGCUUGGAUGUUCAUAUGGUGCCCAAUAUUUUUUGCAUCUUUUUUAGCAGCAGGAGGUGCUUUCUCUGGAAUAUUUAAUGCUUCAGAGAAGGAUAUUUUUAGUGACUUUGAGCAGUUCCAUGAACCAGAACUAGGAAAAGCCACUCUUCACCCUAACUUGUACUUUAGCCAAGAUGAUGUACCACUGUUGAGACAAAGGUCAACCACAAGUCAUAACCACGUUUUUAAAAUCAUCCGGGCAGCAGUGUUGACUAUGCUCUCCACAAGGCCGCUUUACAUGCCUCCAGCAAAGCACAGUGAGUUCACCAACAAGUGGAAUGAGAUUUAUGGCAACAACCUCCCACCUCUGGCUCUCUACUGUUUACUGUAUCCGGAAGACACUGCUACCUUACAAUUCCUGUUUAAGUUUAUGGACAGAAUGUCGGAAUAUCCAGACUGGAAAGUAACCAGUGCACCUAAUGAAGAAGUGCCAACAGCUCAUUCACUCAGCGGAUUUGCUACUGCUUUUGACUUCAUCUACUCGUUUCUGGAUGAACAGCGCCGGGAGCUGUACUUGAAGAGAAUACGUUCUGAAACUGAAGAGCUCUACAUGAUGUCAGAGUACAGGGGAUGGGGGAAACACUUUUUACAAAAUCAUCAAACCAACAAUAUUGUAGCUAUUUUGACCGGUGCAAUAGUUCUGGGUGCACAUGACACAAAGUCGAUGGUUUGGAAACAGGUGUCUGUAAAUUACAUGGAGAAGACAAUGUUUUUGUUGAACCAUGUUGUUGAUGGCUCUUUGGAUGAGGGAGUGGCAUUUGGGAGUUACACAUCAAAAUCUAUCACACAGUAUGUUUUUCUAGCCGAGCGCCACUUUAAUAUAGACAACACAAAAAACAAUUGGCUUCGAAAUCAUUUCUGGUUUUAUUAUGCCACUUUGCUGCCAGGCUUUCAGAGAACGGUUGGCAUAGGGGACUCAAACUACAACUGGUUCUAUGGACCAGAGAGCCAAUUAGUUUUUUUAGAUUCUUUUGUUAUUAAGAAUGGUUCAGGAAACUGGCUAGCACAGCAGAUAAGGAAGCACAGACCCAAAGAUGGUCCUUUAGGUCAGUCCUUUGCCCAGCGCUGGGCAACCCUUCAUACAGAGUUUAUCUGGUAUAAUGCCGGCCUUAUACCACAGCCCCCUGUUGGGUACAGUCAGGCUAAGAUGCACAUAUUCUCAGACUGGGGCGUGGUGACCUACGGGGCCGGUUUACCUAUGUUUCAAGGAAAUACCUUUGUCUCGUUUAAAUCAGGAAAGCUGGGUGGUCGGGCAGUAUUUGACAUCGUCCAUACCAAAGCUUACUCGUGGGUGGAUGGCUGGAAUAGCUUUAACCCUGGUCAUGAGCAUCCGGACCAAAACUCAUUUACUUUUGCUCCUAAUGGACAAGUAUUUGUUUCUGAGGCUUUAUACGGCCCCAAAUAUAGCUACUUAAACAACGUGUUGGUGUUUAGCCCCUCUCCAACAAGCCAAUGUAAUGCUCCUUGGGAAGGGCAGCUUGGGGAGUGUGCCAAGUGGCUGCGAUGGACUGACAAAGGUGUUGGAGAGUGUGCAGGAGAGGUGAUCACCGCCUCCGCACACAGAGACACUAUGUUUGUGAGUGGGGAGGCGGUAGCAGCGUAUUCCACAGCUAUGAAAUUAAUGAGUGUGUACCGAGCUCUGGUUCUUCUGAACUCACAGACUCUUCUGGUAGUCGACCAUGUUGAGAAAAGGGAGGACUCACCAGUGAACACUGUCAGUGCAUUUUUUCACAACCUGGACAUCGACUUUAAAUAUGUCCCCCAUAGGUUUAAAGACAUAUAUAAUGGGGCAUUGAUGGAUGUCUGGGAUGCUCAUUACAAAAUGUUUUGGUUUGAUGAUCAGGGCUACAGCCCCAAUACACAGAUACAGGAGGUAGAGCAGGCGGCAGAGUUCAAAAAGAGAUGGACACAGUUUAUCAACGUCACAUUUCCUUUCACAGGUUCAGUUGUUAGAAUGGCUUAUGUGAUGCAUGGGCCUUACAUUAAGGUUUCCAACUGCAGGGUCAUUGAAAACAGUAAGAAUGGAAUCAAACUUUCCAUCAUCAUAAACAAUACUGAAAAAAUAGUUUCUAUAGUAACCAAUCACAAAGACAUUGGGGCCCGUUCAGGCUAUCUGGGCUUUGGGGGCUAUGCUAAGAUCGAAGACCAACAUCACACUAUCCGUUUUGGCUUGGGGGCGCAUCUUGUCAAAAAACAGACAACGCUACAAAAUCAUCUGUUUGACUUAGGAUUUAUGGUAAACGUUUUAGCCGGGAUAAUACUGUCUGUGGCCAUAGUAAUUCUGACCCUUCAGCGCAAAAUGUAUGUUUGCUUUAGUAGACUGUUGCGCUACGCUCUGCUCUCUGUGUUGCUGCUGUGGACCAGUGAGCUCCUGUUUGUGUCAAACAGCUGUGACCAGCUUCUGUGUCGGGUCAAGUGGCGAGGAGCCACCGCUGACCCUAAACUCAGCAAGCAGAUGAAGCUCCUUCUACCCACCGUAGUGAUAACAACCCUCCCUGGCUCUGGAUCGGACAUCCUUAAGCAGCUUUUUUACAACAAUACAGACUUUGUCUACUUAACCAUUCCUACAGAACACUUGGAUAUACCAGAAACAGAGUUUGAAUUUGACUCUUUAGUGGAUGCUUGUGAAUGGACUCGAUCAGAAGCCCAGCAUGGGCGUUUUAAAAUGAUUCAGGCCUGGCUACAUUCAUUGGUCGACAACACCCACUUAUUCUUGCAAAAUAUUCCACUCUUUGAAAGCAGCCAUAUCAAACAUGCCCCAAGAGUUAGUCUCCCUCACAAGUGGAAAAGGCUGAGAAGAAAAGAGUCAGUGACUGAAAUAAAAGGACGGGCUCGAGCUGCUUUGGACAGAGACAUUGAGUAUGUGAGAGAGUUGAGGAAACACACGGCAGAACACCCAAAUGCAUGUGUUGUUCUGAAUCUGUGCAGUGGCAGUUGGGCUCUUAAACUUCCUUUUGUCCAAGAAGUUAUUGGCACUUCUCUUAGGGCCAUCCAUAUCAUCAGGGACCCUCGAGCAUGGAUCUACAUGAUGCUAUAUAACAGCAAACCUAGCCUCUAUGCCCUUAAAAACAUCCAACAGCACCUAGCUCUUAUGUUUCAAAAAGACAUGCUUGGAGACAAAUGUACAAAGUUUGCAGCUGAAUUUAGGAUGCUGUGGCGCCUCACAUCGCGUUCAGAGACCAGUCCAGUGUUGUUGCUGGCCCACCUGUGGCUUGCUCACACCACUGCUGUUCUAAGAGUUACAGCAACCUUACCUGAGGAUUCCUAUCUCCAAGUCAGGUUUGAGGAUGUUGUAAAUGAUCCGCAAGACACAGCUCAGAAAAUACACUCCUUCUUAGGGAUCCCAGUGUCACCCUCAGCUUUAAACCAGCUUGAGUUCACCACAUCCACAAACUUGUAUAACUUAAUGUAUGAGGGCGAAAUAUCACCAGACAAAAUUAACAUAUGGAGUAAAAACUUGCCAAGGAGAGAUAUUAGAAUCAUUGAGGACACAUGUGGGUUCCUGAUGAAACAACUUGGGUAUCAAAGGUUCAAUGAUGAUUAGCUGCAAAGCCAGCUGUUGUUUUGGGUUUUAAAAAGUUUUUUGAUUUGAAUUGAAAAUUUGGGAAAUGAUAAAUUAUAGGCAAAUUACAGUACGAUUGUUAGAGCUGCACAAUUAAUCGUGAAACACCCACACGAUCUGAGUGCUGCACUUAUUACUGUUAUAUUCAAUAAUAGAGAAGCUACUCUAUCAGAGUGCUUUCAUGAAGUUGACCAUCAAGUUUUGAGGAAACAACAUAACAAAAUGUUUUAUUUUAACAAAAUUUUAACUGUUUAUAGGUUAGAAUUGGCAUGUUUGAUCUAUUGUAUCUUUCUUUAAAUACAUCUCCAAGCAAUCUGUAUAUGAAACAUAAUGACAAGGUUAUUUUCAUAUAUUGACAUUAGCAAAUUGAUCAAUCUUUCUUUCUCUCAGACCUCUAAUUGUAAAUGUCACCUUACCAAUUUUUUUUAAUUUCAAGUAACAUGAACUAACAAUGAACCAUGUUGAUUUCUCAGCUUUUAUUCAUGUUAGUGUUUGUUCAUUUCAAUGUUAACUAAUACAUUUAUAAAAAAAUUAAAGGAUGACAAUUUAGUUAAUGCACUAUAAACUAACAUGAACAAAUAAAUUGAGAUAAACCAACUUAAACAAGAAUGAAUAAAUGCUGAAAAACUAUAUUGCUCAUUGUUCGUUCAUGUUCAUGCAUUUACUAAAGCAUUAGCUAUAAAGCAUCAUUUUCUGUCAGCUGCUUAUGAGCUUUUCUUGAUAUAUGUAUUUAUUUUAGCCUUUGUUAUUGCAGACAGAGUGAAAGUGAGCACUGAAGGGAGAGGAAGGGGCGUUAGAUAUUUAAGCUAUAAUUUCGGCAAAUUUUUUUCUACAAAAAUGCAUUCUGCUGUGUCAAAAUAUCAUUGGAUUUUACAGCAUUAAAUAGUUUCAAACCUGUAUGACUUUCUAAUCCACUGCAGAACACAAAAGAUAUUUUGAUGAAUGGUGAAAACUGAGCAUCGGUUGUAAGCUUCACCUUGCAUUGGUUUUAGUCUAUUCAAUAGAAGUAAAUGGGUACCGCCUUUGUUCGGAGUAAAUGAUGACAAAAUUAAAAUUUUGGGGUGAACUAUCCUUUUAAUAAGCAAUUGACACAUCAAUGUUCUUUACAUGAUUGUCAUGUGUUCUUUAAUUAGUCCCUAUUAUGAAUUUAUGAUGUUGAUGUUGUAUGAUAGGAGAAAAAAUGCAUUGUUUAUUGUUGUCUGAUAUAAAAAAAAAUAACAUUUUUGUCUACACGCCCAUAGUGAAGUUUAUCUUGUACAAGAUGUUUAUGAAAGAAAACUGUUUUCAUGUACCAUACACUGUUACCUCUUACUGGGCAUAUUCUAAAGUAAUGUAUUGGCAACGCUGUUGCCAGCCAGGUAAUGUAAGUCAUACAUAUACAUUAAUAGCGCGUUAGAUCAUUUAAAGCCGUAAAACAGUGUUCUUUUAUUGGGGAAAGGUCAUAAACGGCGUAAGCAACAUUUUUUAUGCGCACAUGUCUGGCAGUGUAAUAGUAAAAGUCUCAAACGGAAGUAACAGUAAAAUAAUGCAUAAAAGUCCACUCUCGGAUCAUGCAGUUGGUGUAGAAAAAUGACAAAAUGAAAAACUGUUGUUGCACUUGCCGGUGAAACGGAUGCGAGCCACAGAGGGAGAAGGUGUGCAAGUAAACCUCACUCCCUUACCAAUAGGGCUUCUCUAGCGACAGAUGCUAGAGGCUGCGGUCUUUAGCUACCUUGUUGGAGUGCCCGUCUCUCAUCCAGACCAAUGCUGGUUAUUUGCCCUGCAAAAAUGGGGCGAGAUAUUAAAAUACAGCUUCUGGCCGAUUUCCUGCAUCAUAUUUUAUUACUAGACGGACAACCGAUAGUAACGUCACUGCACAUGAAAAACCUGGCAAGUCUUAAAGUUUCAUGUAAACCUCAUUUUCUGCGUAGCUGGUUUAUUGAUAUGCAUGCAAACACUAGAAAACAGGUUUAUUUUAUAAUCAGAUUUUUGAUAGAUAUUUGUUUAUGUAGUGCAUGUAAACGCACUCAAUGAUGAAAAGUAUCUGUAAAGCUUCAAACUGGAAUGCAUGCUGGAUGCAUAUAACAAAACCCAAUAAUUUAUGAAUGUCAAACAUAAAGCUAUAUUUCCACACUUUCCUUUAUGUACCAUUGCAUGAGUGUACAUUACAAAUCAUCAAUGCAAUUCCUAAUAGAGAAAAAGAUAUCAAAGCAAAAGAAAGUCCAGGGUCAAGAGUCCAACUAACACAAACACUGAUCACCAUAAUAAUGAUAACAAAAGGUAAACCUCAGUUAUUUCUCAAUAACAUCUUAAACAAAUGACAGAAGUGAA